GUGUGUGUUUGUUUUGUUCUUGUGGUUUGUUUUAGUUUUUUGAAAAAAUGUGCAAACAGCUGUAUGUGUUAUGUGUUAAACAAAGAAGACUUAAUAACACAGACAGCAUCUCAUCAUCCCUUUUCUCAGCUCAAUCAAAACAUUCAAAACAACAAUAACAAUAACGAACAAACGAAGAAUCUUUACCCUUUUUUUUGUUUCUUAACUUUCACUUUCGAAGAGUACAACGUUGUUAUAACAUAAACCGUGUCUUCAGCUUCUGUCAUAACUCUUUGUACCUGAAAUCAACUACAAAAUCACAAAAGUAACAGUUUUUUAAGUGAAACUCCUGAUUUGUUUUGGUGGGUCAGUUUCAAGUUUUGAUUUUGUUCAAGUUUCUCUGAUUGAUUUAGAAGAAAGAGAAUUUAUAGAGAGAAAGAGAUAGUGGGAGCUGAUUGAUUGGUGGGAAGGUUAUGGCUUUUUGCCCACUUUUUUGUUGUGGAAUUGCUUCGGAUCGCAAAGGAAGUGGGAAGAAACAACCUCCGUGGCGGGUGUUUUCUUUGAAGGAAUUACACUCAGCGACAAAUAAUUUCAACUAUGAUAACAAGCUUGGAGAAGGAGGAUUCGGAAGUGUUUACUGGGGCCAGCUUUGGGAUGGAUCGCAAAUUGCAGUGAAAAGAUUGAAGGUUUGGAGCAACAAAGCAGACAUGGAAUUUGCUGUUGAAGUUGAGAUAUUGGCAAGAGUACGGCACAAGAAUCUUCUUAGUCUACGUGGCUAUUGUGCUGAAGGCCAGGAACGUCUAAUUGUAUAUGACUAUAUGCCAAAUUUGAGCCUACUUUCUCAUCUCCACGGACAGCACUCGACAGAAAGCCUCCUUGAUUGGAAUCGUCGGAUGAAUAUUGCAAUUGGGUCUGCUGAGGGAAUUUUAUAUCUUCACGUCCAAGCAACACCGCAUAUCAUCCAUAGGGACGUUAAAGCAAGCAAUGUGUUGCUGGAUUCAGAUUUCCAAGCACGUGUUGCUGAUUUUGGUUUUGCCAAAUUGAUCCCCGACGGGGCAACACAUGUGACUACUAGAGUUAAAGGCACCCUUGGCUACCUUGCACCAGAAUAUGCUAUGUUAGGUAAAGCAAAUGAGAGUUGCGAUGUCUACAGUUUUGGAAUUCUCCUUCUAGAACUUGCUAGCGGCAAAAAACCACUCGAAAAACUAAGCUCGUCAGUGAAACGGUCAAUUAAUGAUUGGGCUCUACCAUUAGCUUGUGAGAAAAAAUUUAGCGAACUUGCAGAUCCAAGACUUAAUGGUGACUAUUCUGAAGAAGAGCUUAAAAGGGUUGUAUUAGUUGCUCUAAUAUGUGCUCAGAGUCAGCCGGAGAAGAGACCAACGAUGCUCGAGGUGGUAGAGCUACUGAAGGGAGAAUCAAAAGAGAAGGUUUCUCAGUUGGAGAAUAAUGAACUCUUUAAGAACCCUCUUGCUGUCGGAAAUAACAAUGAUGAGAUAUCAGCUGCUGAAGGGAGUUCAGAUUUCAUCUCAGAAGAGAAGGAAUCUAAACAUGAGAAUGCAGAAUCUUGAUUAUUAGUAUUGCAAAAACAUGGAAGUAUGAAUUUGAUGAUAUGGUUUGUGAAGUUUUCAGGAUUUCUCUCUUCUUUUUUUUAAUUAUUAUUUUAUUUUUGCGGGGAUAUAUAUACUGGGUGCCUGUUUAUUAUAGCGGCCGAUUGCUGCAUGUUUGUCUCUAUGAAUGUAGCUUUGAACCAAGCAAAAUUACUGAAAGCCUGUGGAACUAGGGAUUUUAUGUGUUUUAAGUACAGAUUGUGUGAAGUUUGCAGAAAUUGUAUGGUAACAUUUUCUUUUCUU